UCAAUUGGGUGAGGGUAUAUUUCUGGGAGUGUGAGUAGUGGUUGUGUGCAGGUGGUUCCAGCGCUCAUGUUUGCACGGGCCCUCUCCCAUUUGCUCCAUCGAGGAUUGUGCACGCCCCUACCUUUCUUAGCGACUAGGCCGCUCGUCUUGACAAAAAACAUAAAACAUGUAAACAAAGCAUUCAUUUAGAGUAAUUAACUUUAAAAGACAACAUUAGAGGGACAAAGACUAGUUUCCCAUACACAACCAAACACAUCAUCACCAUUACCAUCAUGUCCAUUCCUAUCUUCUCCUUCCUCCUUCUCCCCCUUUGCCAUGCCGCCAUCUUUGACAUAGUAAACCAAUGCAAUUACACUAUCUGGCCAGCUGCCAUCCCAGGCGGUGGCCGGGAACUCCUUCCCGGCCAGAACUGGACCAUCUUCGUCAACCCUCGGAUGGAUGAAGGUCGUAUCUGGGCCCGGACUGGCUGCACCUUCAACAAGUCAGGCCAUGGCCGGUGCGAGACUGGCGACUGCAACGGCCUUUUAGAAUGCCAAACUUAUGGAUCACCACCCAACACGCUCGCCGAAUUCACCCUCAACGGAUUCAACAACCUUGAUUUUAUCGACAUCUCUCUUGUUGAGGGCUUCAACGUCCCCAUAGAAUUCAGUCCAACCGCCGGUUGCAACCAUGCCAUUCAGUGCUCCACCAACAUCACCGGACAGUGCCCAGAUGAGUUGAAGACCUCUGGAGGUUGCAACAAUCCGUGCACAGUGUUUAAUACUGAUGAGUAUUGUUGUAGAUCUGGAAAUUGCAAGUCCACAAACUACUCUAAUUUCUUCAAAAGACUCUGCCCGAAUGCUUAUAGCUACCCUGUGGAUGACGAAAACAACACUUUUACUUGUGUUGGAGGGACUGAUUAUAGGGUUGUUUUCUCCCCCUUCACCAUGGCACAAAACUGCGGCUGCCCAGCAGACCUUUGCUGCAGCAAUUUCGGCUACUGUGGCACUGGUGAUCCCUACUGCGGCAACGGGUGCCAACAAGGGCCUUGCUAUAACAGCACUGGUAGCGGAAAUGUUGCUGAUAUUGUAACUCAGGAAUUUUUUGAUGGAAUUGCAAAUCAAGCAGGAGCUGGAUGUGUGGGCAAGGGCUUCUACACGCGCAAAGCUUUCCUCACCGCGACUUUGGCAUACUCCCAAUUCGGCACCACCGGUUCCGAUGAUGUGAAGAAAAGGGAGAUUGCAGCAUACUUCGCCCAUGUCACCCAUGAAACCGGACAUUUCUGCUACAUUGAUGAAAUUAAUGGAGCUAGCCAGAACUACUGCCAGGCUAGCACAGCAUAUCCAUGCAAUGCCGACAAGAAGUACUUUGGCCGUGGUCCUCUUCAGCUUACAUGGAACUACAACUACAUCGACGCCGGCAAUGCGCUCAACUUCGACGGCCUUAAUGCUCCGGAGACUGUGGGUUCCGACCGGGUUAUAUCCUUCAAGUCUUCUCUUUGGUUCUGGACAGCCAAAAAGGUGCAUGAUGCCAUAACUUCCGGUCAGGGCUUUGGAGCCACCAUCAGGAUCAUCAAUGGCGGGGUUGAGUGUGAUGGCAAGAACACAGACCAGAUGAAUGCUCGGGUUGGAUACUAUAAGGACUACUGCUCCCAGCUUGGGGUUGAUCCUGGAGAUAAUCUCACUUGUUAGAUUAUUAAUCAUACAUGGUGGUUAUAAUUAAGUGCAUGGGAGAUCAAUAGAUCAUGAGAUGCCCAAGUGUGUAAUGUAGCCAUUACACUUUGUGUGUUCAUUUGUGGCUCUAACAUGGGAUGGAGAACCGAGUGUAUUUAUAGCACUGUUACAUCUGUCCUUUUCUCUGGCUUAUCUUUUCUUGGAGCUUAUUGUAAUCCCACUCCCUGAUUAGAUCCCUACCGUUAGAUAUAACCCUGAUUAGAU